UCUCUCGGCCACCGCAGCCUGCCUCUCCCCAACAUGCAGAGAGCCUGAGCGACUUUAGUGGAGAGGAGCGGUACUUCCAACUUCUCCUUGCCGUUUGGGGCGUCUUGCCCCCUCCCCCACCCCCUCCCCUCCCAGCGGCGGUGGGAGCCCGGUCCAGGGGCCGCUGGAGGAGGGACGAUGGCCGGAGCUCGCCCCGGGGUUCACGCACUGCAGCUAAAGCCAGUGACCGUUCACGAAACGUUGAAGAAAGGAAGCAAGUUUAUCAAAUGGGACGAGGACCCGCCCAACAGGACUCUGGUCACGCUCCGGGUGGAUCCGGAGGGCUUCUUCCUGUACUGGACCGGGCAGAACAAUGAGGUCGACCUGCUGGACAUCUGCUAUAUUCGGGACACGCGGACCGGACGGUUUGCCAAAGUACCCAAGGACCCGAAGUUGCGGGAGCCGCUGGGGUUCGGAAAGCCGGAGGAGCAUCCGGAGAGCAAGACGGUGACGGUGGUUCACGGGACCGACAUGGUGAACGUCAGCUUCCUCAACUUCAUCACCAUGCAGGAGGAGACGGCCAAGGUCUGGACUGAAGAACUUUUCAAACUGGCCACCAACAUCCUGGCCCACAACGCCUCCCGGCAGACCUUCCUGCACAAAGUGUACGUCAAACUGAAACUGCAGGUCAACCAGGAGGGGCACAUCCCCGUCAAGAACAUCAUCAAGCUGUUCUCCGUGGACAAGAAGCGGGCAGAGAGCGCGCUGGACUGUUGCGGCCUCAACUUCAGUCGGCACGAGUCCAUCAAACCCGAGGACUUCACCCCGGAGGUCUUCCACUUCUUCGUCAGUAAGAUGUGCCUGCGGCCCGACAUCGACAAGGUCUUUGCCGAGCAGGGCGCCAAAGGGAAGCCGUACCUGACCCUGGAGCAGAUGAUCGAGUUCAUCAACCUCCGGCAGCGGGACCCCCGUCUCAACGAGGUGCUCUACCCCCCGCUGAAGAGCCAGCAGGUCCAGCAGCUCGUCGCCAAGUACGAGCCCAACAGGAACUUCGCCAACAAAGGACAGGUGUCGUUGGACGGAUUCUCGGGAUUCCUCUACGGCGCCGAGAACGACAUCGUUGCCCCCGAGAAGCUGGACGUGAGCGACGACAUGAACCAGCCCCUCCCUCACUACUUUAUCAACUCGUCCCACAACACCUACCUCACAGCGGGCCAGCUGGCGGGGAACUCCUCGGUGGAGAUGUACCGACAGGUUCUGCUGACGGGCUGCCGCUGUGUCGAGCUGGACUGCUGGAAGGGACGCCCCCCCGACGAGGAGCCCUUCAUCACCCACGGCUUCACCAUGACCACCGAAGUGCCCUUCAAGGAGGUGAUUGAAGCCAUCGCGGAGAGCGCCUUCAAGACGAGCCCCUACCCUCUGAUCCUGUCCUUCGAGAACCACGUUGACUCCUCCAAGCAGCAAGCCAAGAUGGCGGAGUACUGCCGGACGAUCUUUGGCGAGGCUCUGCUGAUCGACCCUUUGGAGAAAUAUCCACUUCAGCCCGGUGUGGUCCUCCCGUCGCCCCAGGAGCUGAAAGGCCGAAUCCUCAUCAAGAACAAGAAGAAGCACCAGGGGAAGGUGGGUGAGGGCAGUGUGAGGCACAAGCUGAUCCCACAGACCUCCCAGGGCUACAUAGAAGCAGGGAGCAUCGGGGAGCCCACCUCACCCAGUGCAGUGGAGGCGGGAGACGCGGGACGGCCUCUGGCCAACGGCGACUGCCAGUUACCCCGGGACCUGGAGGAGGCGGUGAAGGUUCCCAGGAAGUCCAUUGAUCGGGAAGCGGAGAGCGACUUCGACGAGGAGGAGGAGCAGGAUUUGAAGAAACAGUCGAGUUCGACUGACGAGGGCACGGCGGGAAGCGAGGUCAACGCCACCGAGGAGAUGUCUACCCUGGUCAAUUACGUGGAGCCAGUGAAGUUCAAGUCCUUCGAAGUGGCCUGCAAGAGGAACAAAUUCUAUGAGAUGUCAUCGAUGGUGGAGACGAAAGGCUUGGAGCAGCUCACCAAAUCGCCGGUGGAGUUUGUGGAAUACAACAAGAAACAGCUGAGCCGCAUCUACCCCAAGGGCACCCGCGUCGACUCCUCCAACUACAUGCCCCAGGUCUUCUGGAGUACCGGCUGUCAGAUGGUAGCACUCAACUUCCAGACCCUCGACCUGCCGAUGCAGCUGAACAUGGGGAUUUUCGAGUACAACGGGGGGAGCGGAUACAUCCUCAAGCCGGAGUUCAUGCGGAGGAUGGACAAGCACUUUGACCCCUUCACCGAGAACAUUGUGGACGGGGUCGUGGCCAACACGGUCUCCAUCAAGAUCAUCUCCGGGCAGUUUCUGUCCGACAAGAAGGUGGGGAUGUACGUGGAGGUCGACAUGUUCGGGCUGCCGAUCGACACCAAGCGCAAAUUCCGCACCAAGAUCAUCACCAACUCCCUCAACACCGUCUGGGACGAGGAGCCCUUUGUCUUCCGCAAGGUCGUACUGCCGACACUGGCCUCGCUACGAGUGGCCGUCUUCGAGGAAGGGAGCAAGUUCAUCGGCCACCGGGUCCUCCCAGUCUCAGCGAUCCGGCCCGGUUACCGCUACAUCUGUCUGCGGAACGAGGCAAACCAGCCCCUCCCACUGCCUGCACUGUUUGUCUACACAGAGGUGAAGGACUUUGUCCCAGACACUCACGCAGAUUAUAUCAAGGCUCUGUAUAAUCCGAUCCAACACGUGAACCUGAUGGAACAGAGAUCCAAACAGCUGGUGUCACUGACCGGUGAGGAUGAGACGUUGCGGCUGGUCAGUCCGGAGACCCCCCACCCCACGGAGGAGGUGAAGAACAAACCGGACGUGUGCACUGUGGCCCCGGUCUCCAGGGGCUCCCUCACUCUGUCCAUCGGCGAGACCAAGCCAAGCGUGGAAACAGGUAACUGCCGCCAGCAAGAGGAUCUGAUUCCCAGUAUUUUAUCAGAGGUGACGGCGACGCCGGUGGAGGAGCUGAAGACGAACAAGGCCUACGUGAAGCUGCUGAAGAAGCAGCAGAAGGAGCUGCAGCAGAUGCAGAGACGACACACGAAGAACAUGGACGCCCUGCGGCGGGAGCAGGCCCAGCGUCUGAGCGAGAUAGAGACCAGCGCCGCACGCCGGCGCUCCCUCGUCACCCGCGCCAUCAAACAGGGCAGCAAGACCACGAACCACCUCGCGUCUCUGGAGCAGCAGCUGGCGGAUCUGGACCGCGAGACGUCCGGCCACGUGUCUGAGCUGAAGCGGUGUCAGCGGGAGGAGCUCGUCGAACUGCGCGCCCAGCAGCAACGCUUCGAGCAGCAUCACAGGAGGGAGCAGUUCGUCCAGCUCCACAACCAGCUGCGGGAGGUGACCGUGGAAGUACACGCUGCCCAGAUGAAGAAGCUGCAGCAGACGUGCGAGAAGGAGAAGAAGGAGCUGAAGAAGGAUUUGGAUCGUCAGCGGCAAGAACAGAUCAACCAGAUAAAACUGAAGGACAAGCAGGCGGAGCUGGCGGAAAUCAACCGGAGGCAUAUUUCCAAAGUCGUCUGUCUGAUCAAACGGCUGGAGGACGCCCAGGGGAAGCGACAGGAGCAGCUGGAACGGAGGCAAUGGGAGGUGCUGAAGCAGAUCGACGAGGAGGGGCUGAAGGGACGGAAGCUUCUGGAAGACAUCUACAAGCAGGAGAUGGAGAGACCGCUGGAGGCUGAGGGCCUGGAGCUCCCGGAGGGCCUCCGGAGCCUGGACUACCACCGGGAGACAGCCCUCGGGCAGGGAGGGGACGCCGGCUGCCCCCCGCAUUCCGGCGCCACCUUGACGGUGGGAAACGCCCAGCAGGACUUCAACACUGUCUUAUGAGGAGCCUUUGCUCCCCCCCCAGCCUCACACUCCCCCCACCCCCAUUCACUGCCAGGACCAGGGGCAAAGGGAUGCUCCCCUCCCCAGAGCACCAGGCUUGACGGACCCGGCCGGGAGGGGUGGUCACUGUGGUGCCAUCCCAAACCACCCUGUGCCCACCCGAGGAAACAUCAGCGAGCAGCAGGUGCUGUUUCCGGGACUCUACUCCACGGCGGAGAACGGGAGGGGCCUGAGGAGUGUGUCUGGGGCGGAUUUGAGACCGGGGUUUAUUCCGUGUGCUACCAGUCGAGUUAAUCAGGUGGGGGUGGGUGCCUGCGUCUGUGUGGUGUUCCGGAGGGUCCGCUGAUAGACUGGGUGAGGGCCGACGGAAAUGAAGAGAUUCUGCAGACGCUGGAAAUCCGCAGCAACACACACACAAAGUGCUGGAGGAACUCAGCAGGCCAGGCGGCGUCCAUGGAGGGGAAUGAACAGUCGACGUUUCGGGCCGAGACCCUUCGU